AUUAAACUCCUUUUUAUCCUCUCUGAAAAAUCAAAACUUUCAGAGAAGAAAUCGUGGCAACCAAAAAUGGCGAGCCUUGUAUUCAAUACGCCGUGGCUCAGGGUUAGGUCUUUACCAGAGCUUGCUCCUGCUUUCCUCAGACGGCGUCAGUGUUCUUUAUUAUACAGUUCUCGGCGAAGCUUCGCGGUGGUUGCUUGUUCUUCUUCACCCGGCAAUAAUGGUGGGUCCUGGGGUUGCUGGGGACUUUGGUCCGUAUCGACAGUCUGAAAGAAAUGCUCUUUACAAACAAUAUGCAGAGAAGCUUUUAGAAUCUGGUCAUGUCUAUCGCUGCUUUUGCUCCAGUGAGGAGCUUGUAAAGAUGAAGGAGAUUGCAAAGUUAAAACAAUUGCCUCCAGUAUACACUGGGAAAUGGGCAACCGCUACUGAUGGUGAGAUAGAGCAAGAGUUGGAAAAGGGAACCCCUUUUACUUACCGGUUUCGUGUGCCAAAGCAAGGGUCUUUGAAAAUUAAUGACUUGAUUCGUGGCGAGGUAUGUUGGAACUUGGAUACUCUUGGAGAUUUUGUGGUAAUGAGGAGUAAUGGCCAACCUGUUUACAACUUUUGUGUUACGGUAGAUGAUGCUACCAUGGCUAUUUCACAUGUUAUAAGGGCUGAAGAGCAUUUGCCUAAUACUUUGAGGCAGGCUCUAAUUUACAAGGCUCUGGAGUUCCCAAUGCCUCAGUUUGCCCAUGUUUCUUUAAUUCUAGCCCCGGAUAGAAGUAAGCUGUCAAAGCGACAUGGGGCAACUUCGGUAGGCCAGUACAGAGAGAUGGGAUAUCUGCCUCAGGGAAUGGUUAAUUAUUUGGCACUCUUAGGAUGGGGAGACGGCACUGAAAAUGAAUUUUUCACACUCGAGGAUCUUGUUGAAAAAUUCUCGAUUGAACGUGUCAACAAAAGUGGCGCAAUUUUUGAUUCUACAAAGUUAAGAUGGAUGAAUGGUCAACAUCUGAGGGCACUUCCAAAUGAAAAACUAACAAAACUUGUGGGUGAGCGAUGGAAGAGUGCCGGUAUCUUAUCAGAAUCCGAGGGUAGUUUUGUAGAUGAAGCUGUCGAGCUUCUCAAGGAUGGGAUUGAGUUGGUGACAGAUUCAGACAAAGUACUGUUGAAUUUGCUUUCAUAUCCUUUACAUGCUACAUUGGCUAGAGCCUCAUAGCUGCUUAUGACAGCGGUGAGAUUCCAAGCGCUUUAGCAGAAGGACAAGGUGCUUGGCAGAAAUGGGUGAAAGCCUUUGGCAAAUCAUUGAAACGCAAAGGUAAAUCACUUUUCAUGCCACUACGAGUGUUGUUAACGGGAAAACUCCAUGGACCUGAGAUGGCCACUAGUAUUGUUCUGAUUCACAAAGCUGGAAGUUCCGGUAUAGUGGUUCCUCAGGCUGGGUUUGUAUCCAUGGAGGAACGGUUUAAGAUUCUUAGGGAGAUAGACUGGGAAGCUUUGAACAAAGGUGAAAGUGUGCCUAUUGAAUCUACAGCCACAGUAUCAACCUGAGAAAACUUUCCUUCGUUUUUCUUCAAUUUUUCGGUUAGUUGGUGAGAAAGACAGCCCAUAGAUUUUGAUUCCUCGUGCCUUUCUUGUUUCCCGAAACAAAUGGCACAAAUUUGUAAGAUUAUAAUGUAUCAUCAGCAAAGCAAACUUAGGAACAAACCAGAGAGCUUGUAACAUUAUCCAGGCCAGUUUUAAUUUGCUUUCAGUGUUUAUUUU